AAACUUCAAGCUUCAGUUCUCAGACCUUUAUUCUUCUACACAAAGUUCAGCCCCCUGCCUGUUAUACUCUGUUAAGCACAGGAGCCUAAAGUUCUUUUAUAACUAGUCUGAGCCUGCAAUUCCUGGCCUCUCACCAUCCCUUUCCCCUCUGAGACACGGGUGCUGUGUGAGGAGCCAUGGAGCCCAGGAGCAGCCACCCAGAUGACUUCCCUCUCAAUGUGUUUUCGAUCACUCCUUACACUCCCAGCACUGCUGACCUCCAGGUAUCUGAUGACGACAAGGCAGGAGCCACCUUGCUCUUUUCAGGCAUCUUUCUGGGACUGGUGGGGAUUACAUUCACAGUCAUGGGCUGGAUCAAGUACCAAGGUGUCUCCCACUUUGAAUGGACUCAGCUUCUUGGACCCAUCCUGCUAUCAGUUGGGGUGACAUUCAUCCUGAUUGCUGUGUGCAAAUUCAAAAUGCUCUCCUGCCAGCUGUGCAAAGACAGUGAGGAAAGGGUCCCGGAUUCGGAGCAGACAUCAGGAGGACAAUCGUUCGUUUUCACUGGUAUCAACCAACCCAUCACCUUCCAUGGAGCCACUGUGGUGCAGUAUAUCCCUCCUCCUUAUGGGUCUCAAGAGGCGAUGGUGACAAACACUACCUACCUGCAGUCCAUGGUAAACCCUUGUGGUCUCUUGCCCUCCGGAGGGGCACCAGGUGCCAUACCAAGUCCCCCUCAGUACUACACCAUCUACCCCCAAGAUAACGCUGCAUUUGUUGAGGGCGAGGACUACUCUUCUUUCAUGGAUGGUGGGAAUGGCAGGCCCAGCUCUGAUGCUGACCAGCUAGGAGAGACACAGCUGGAAGAGGAGGAUUGUGCCUGCUUCUCUCCUCCUCCCUAUGAGGAAAUAUAUGCCCUCCCUCGCUAGAGUCUAUAAUGCUAAGGGAACGAGCACUGAAGUAAUUGUGACCCGGCAACUGGAAUGUCCUAUGGUGUUAUCUUUAGAAGUCAGGGCAGGGUAGCACAGAUAUUGUCCAAGAUGGGAAAGGUAAAGAAAGCAGCAGGUAAAAUGUCUCAGGCUGGUAAAGACUAGGCUGGGUAGGAAGAGUUCCUUCAGAUACACUGGCAAAUUCUCUCAGGUAAGAAAUCCCCUGGGUAAGGUCCUAGAGCAAGAAUUUUCCCCUUUCCCAACACCCAUUUUCUGCAUAUGGGAAGGCAAUGGUGGCUCAGUUUUAACUUCAGCAGUCAAGGACAAAAUUCUGACUUUGGGGACCUAGGGAGCUUCCAGGUGGACAUGAGAGUGGGAACGAAGCAGGGAAGAGAAAGCAGGCAGACCAGGGAUUUCCCAGGGCCCAUCCUGGGCCCCCAAGUGAGUUUGCACAUAUAUCCCAAACAGCUUGAUGGCCAAGGGGUCUUCCAUGAGGGCUCUUGAUAUCUUAAAGGCUGCAAAAUAAAUGACUAAGUAUAGUAGAAAAAGAUAAUGUUUCCGGAUGAACUAGAAUUGGCUAGCUGACUAAACCUAUGAAGGAAGUAAUAAUAGAAUAAUGAUGUGAAUGAAUCUAAUAUGUUAUGGCUAAGUGUUUUGGAUCCACGAAUAAAAUCACUGAUGUUUUCUUCUGCAAGGCUGAAGCUUUAUGUGUGACGCACAUAAAUGGGCUCUUGGACUACCUCAGUCCAGGGUCUGUGCGAGGCAUAAAUUUGGCCCAGUGGUGGACUGAUACAUGUAUUUCCCCAAGGGGCUGGAGAUCUGUGAAGUUACUUUAGAGCUGCUGUGUCAAUGCUGGACAGUUAUGCAUUAAGGAAACAAUCUUAG